CACACACACACACACGUGUGUGUGUUGUAUAUGGUAUAGUUUUAGGAAUAAUUGGUGAUAGUAUUUUACAUAAAUUAGGUGAUGGUUUCUUAGAAUUGAAAAAUAAUUUGUGUUUUAAUGAUAUAAUCAUUUAUGUAAUGAAAGAUUUUUCUUGAGGGCGGCACGGUGGUGUAGUGGUUAGCGCUGUCGCCUCACAGCAAGAAGGUCCUGGGUUCGAGCCCCGUGGCCGGCGAGGGCCUUUCUGUGUGGAGUUUGCAUGUUCUCCCCGUGUCCGCGUGGGUUUCCUCUGGGUGCUCCGGUUUCCCCCACAGUCCAAAGACAUGCAGGUUAGGUUAACUGGUGACUCUAAAUUGACCGUAGGUGUGAAUGGUUGUCUUUGUCUGUGUGUCAGCCCUGUGAUGACCUGGCGACUUGUCCAGGGUGUACCCCGCCUUUCGCCCAUAGUCAGCUGGGAUAGGCUCCAGCUUGCCUGCGACCCUGUAGAAGGAUAAAGCGGCUACAGAUAAUGAGAUGAGAUGAGAUUUUUCUUGAGCCUAUUUAUGUUGAUAUUGUGUGUUUACAAGGUGAUGGUACUUCCUCAAAACUUGGAAUACAUUUUUCUCAUAAUUUUGUUUUGUUUUGUUUUAGGCAAUGGUACUUGAUGUGGUUGCUGAACACAACCUUCCACUUACAAUGGCACCUGCACUGAUAGAUUUAGCAAAGGAGCUCGCCAAAGACAAAAAGGCUUUGGAUAAUCUGUCCAUGGAUAGAACAACAGCCUCCUAUCGCAUUAGGCAUGGCCUCAGCAAAACAUUCUUGGAAGAAACAAUCAACAACAUCCGGUCAUCGCCAUUCAGUCUGAACAUAGAUGAAAGCACUAGUAAUAGCAACAAGAGAGUCCUUGCUAUCUUAGUUAGUUAUUAUUCUGAGAAAAAUGAGAAGGUUUUACUUGAACAUUUGGCAUCGAUUGAAGUAGUGAAGGUAGACUCUGAAUCCCUGUAUAAUGUAAUUUUAGACUUGUUUGAUAAGUAUGACAUUCCAUGGUCUAAUCUUAUUUCCAUCCUCAUGGACUCCUGUGCAGUGAUGCGAGGAUCAAAAUCUGGUUUGGAGACAAGAAUUCGACAAAAUAAAGCCCCUCAUUUGCUCAAUAUUGACGGGGACAUAUGUCAUCAUGUUCAUAACACGUGUAAAAAGUUUUGUGAGCCCUUUCAGUAUUGGGUCGAGAGCCUCUUUGGUGAUCUUUAUAAUGACAUCAAAUGUUCACCAGAUCUCAGCGAACGACUCUCUGAAGUUUGUGAAAUUCUAGGAAUAUCCCACACAAAUCCAGAACAUUUUGUGAAUCACCGUUGGCUUUCUGUUUAUGACUUGUCUGUGAGCACACUGCGCAUCAUAGACGUCCUUCAGAUUUUCUACUUUGGGUUCAUCCCUCAGGGUAGUCAGCAAGACUACCGUGGUAUUCUCAUAGACAUUUAUAGAAAAUACAAUGUAAGCAUAGAGGCGAGGGAGAGGAUCCGAGAAGUCAUAGAUACCGUGAAAGAGAAGAAACUCACAGAAGACGGCAGGAAUAGAAAGUUGCGGAUUGUUGACAAAGUAAUGUUCAAUGAAAAGAAAACAAAAUUGAUCCUGAACUUCUAUCAGUCUGCUUUGCUUCUCCUGAAAAGUUAUGUUUGUCUCUUCCAGAGUAAGGAACCACUUAUACAUGUUGUGCAUGACAAACUGGAAGAACUCUUUCAGAAUUUCCUUGCUUGUUUUGUAAAGCCUGAGAAAAUACCCAAAUCCUCAGUUCAACUGAAACAGAUGAACCUUGACGAUGAAAACAUCUAUCUAAAGACAAGUGAAGUGUUCAUCGGACAUUCAGCAAAAAAGAUUAUUAAAGCAGCUCGUCAAGAUGAUUCGACCAACAUGUUUUUCCUGAGAAAUGUGAUGCAGGCAUAUACCAGCUCUGCCGUGUAUAUACAGAAGAAGUUCCCACUGAAUAACAAACUAUUGAAAUGUGUUUCCACCAUAGAUCCUUCUGCGAGAGGGCAUAGCAAAACUGCAGAAGCUUUAAGGAAUCUAAAAGAUAUGGUGCCUCUCAUCUCUGAUGACGAGAAGGAGAAGUAUGACCUAGAGGUUCAGCAGUUGCAAAUAAAAAAUGAAAUUUUAAUUUCAUGAGUGCUACCCGACAUGGGAAAGGAGGAGGGAUUGCAAAUAUAUUCAAAGCCUCUUUUCAAUGCCUCCGAGACAUUCAGCCAAAGUUUUUCUGGAAGAGUUUGGUGAACUGUUGUCAGUCAUUUGCUUAGAGUUUGACUGUCUUAUUAUAUCUGGGGAUUUUAACUUGCAUGUAGAUAAUCCUGAAAACACUUAUGCCAGAGAACUACUUGCACUUAUUGACUUCAACCUAGUACAACAUGUACAGGGACCGACCCACUCUCGUGGUCAUACCCUUGACCUCGUUAUCACAAAGGGUCUUACUGUUUCUACUACUGUUGUUGACCUGGCCUUAUCUGAUCAUUUCUGUGUUUUCUCUGAUGUUUCUAUGUCCCCUCACAUUCAGAACAGCUCAACAACUAUGGGUAGGAGAGUCAUAAACGACAACACGUGUUCUCUUUGAGCAAGCUCUCUCUUGGAUCUCAACUAAAAUGUCAGACUCUGUAGACGACUUACUGGAAAUUUUUUAUUUAAAUAUGACCCAAAUUAUGGAUAAUAUUGCUCCAAUCAAAAUCAAAAGAGUCAAUGACAAGCAGAAAGCACCAUGGAAGCAAUACCCAGCUGUUAAAUUGCUAAAGAGAGAAUGUAGGAAGACUGAAAGAAAAUGGCGCAAAUCUAAACUUCACAUCCAUUAUCAAAUCCAUAAAGAGAUGCUUUGUAAUUAUAAUUAUGAAAUUCGUAAAGCAAGACAGUCUUUCUUCUCCAACAUCAUCAACAGGAAUAUGAACAAUGCCCGUGUGCUAUUUUCAACAGUAGAGAAGCUAACUAAUGCCCCACCACAAUUAGCACCUGAACUUCUCUCAGUUAAUAAAUGCAAUGAGUUUCCAUCCUUCUUUAAAGGUAAAAUUGAUAAAAUACGGCAGAAUAUGGCUCAUAAUAUAUCUCAGUUGCAAAUAACUGAAAAACUGCAAUCACCAGUGACACAGACAGACAAUUUCAACACAAUGUCAGAAUUUUGUUUGAUUGAUUACGAGACUCUUGAAAAAACUGUACAAAAUCUCAGUUCCUCAACAUCUGAAUUGGACAUUCUGUCCACCAAAUUUUUUAAGUCUGUUCUUCACCUUAUAAUUACAGAUGUGCUUCAGAUCAUAAAUACUUCCCUAGAGACUGGCAUUUUUCCUGCGUCCCUGAAAAAAGCCAUUGUAAAGCCCUUACUUAAAAAGAAUAAUCUGGAUGCUUCAGUAUUGAACAACUACAGGCCAAUAUCAAAUCUACCAUUCAUCAAGAAAAUCCUUGAAAAAAUUGUCUUCAAUCAAUUAACUGCCUUCUUGAUAUCAAACAGCUGUUUUGAUAACUUUCAGUCAGGAUUUCGUGCCAAUCACAGCACUGAAACAGUGCUGAUUAAAGUUAUAAAUGACAUACGUCUUAAUACUGAUGCAGGCAAAACAUCGGUCCUGGUGUUACUGGACCUCAGUGCAGCUUUUGAUACUGUUGAUCACAACAUACUGCUGUAUCGACUUGAACACCGGGUUGGGUUGACUGGUAAAGUUAUCAAUUGGUUAAAAUCAUACUUAAAAGAUAGAAGCUUCUUUGUUACCAUGGGAAAUUGUACCUCAACAUCAAUGUCCUUGACCUGUGGUGUCCCCCAAGGGUCGAUCCUUGGACCAUUACUAUUCAACCUUUAUAUGCUCCCACUUGGACAAAUUAUCAAGAACAACUCAAUUUUGUAUCACUGCUAUGCAGAUGACACUCAAAUUUAUUUUGCUCUAUCACCUAAUGAUUAUGCCCCCCUUGAAUGUCUCUACCAGUGUAUCGACCAAAUCAACAACUGGAUGUCAAAAAAUUUUCUCCAGCUGAACACAGAUAAAACAGAAGUAAUUCUAUUUGGGAAAAAAGAUGAAAGACUCAGGAUUACCACUAUUCUUGACACAAAGGGGAUUAAAACAAAAGAUAUGGUUAAAAAUCUUGGAUCUUGGUGUUUUCAUUGACAGCGAGCU